CACCAGUACCUUUCGCCCAUUUCUUCGACCUUCACCAACAAACACCGCUAAUCCAGCCACAAAACCCUUGGAAUACCACCUGACAUAUUGUGAUGUCACCAAACAUUUCCUUCGACUCCGGCACUAUCGAUAGAUUCAACCGGGCAGCUGCCGGGUAUAUCGUGCCUCUCCUUCUCAUAGUCACGAAUCUGAUUACAUACAUCAACAAAGAUGCAUCCAAAGCUUAUGAUCUUACUUUUCUUAACGUCUUUGCCAACCUCUAUCUGCUUGGAGCCUAUCUUAGAGGCGACAGGUUCGGCUAGUGGGCCCCGACCAAGUGCGGCGAACCAGGAGAUGUAUCUUGAGUUGCUUCAUGCACUGGAACAACUGGAGCAUGGCGAGCCGAAGACUAAGGUGCCCGAGAAAAAGAAAUCAAUAUAUGAACGUGCAUGGGAUGCUAUUGCGCCAUCACAUGAAUUCAAAGAGGGAUUAAGGAUAAUAUGGCUUCGCUGGACUUUCGAGAUCAAACAAGCCGUCGGUCUGGCAGAAUGCGGACAUUUCAGUGGCUACGCUGGCCCAAAUAAAGAGAUCUACUAUCAAUAUGAGACUGAUGAUGGUCACUGCGAUACUGUCAUCGAACAAAUAGAGGUGGAACGCGCAAUCGAACGCCAAAUCAAGAAAGAGGGGGCAGCCAUUCAAACCACUCAAUGUCUGGACCUGACUGACACUUGGGUUUGGAAUGGUCACCUACUCAUUGGACCAGCGAAGGGCUUUGACUACGAGAUAGAAUGUGGGCCAAAGCUUAUUGUUACUCCGGUGUCCAUGAUGUGGGAUUUGGAGACUUUGGAGAAGGCGGAGAAAGAAAAAGAAAAGCAAGCUGAUCGUGAGCUAUAGACAACUGAAUCCGUUGAAGAUGAGGAGUCAAGCAAUGGUAGGCUUUCAAUUGACCAUCAAUAGUCAAAGGACUGAAAGCCAGGGAAGAAAUUAUCAGAGAACCCAGUGCCGUAGAUCAUUGCGUCGAAAGAAUGGCAACCGUGGCAAAUGAAAUGCAUACCGGGAAUACUGGCAGUUGUACUCACUCGGUACUUCUUACGUCGCCCAAGAAUGAAGUUGUUUCGUCUCUAGACAAUUGUAUGAAUCCGGAACCAAUUGCACCGUUCCCUGAAAAAGCUCAGGGGAUCUACCUCGUGAUAAUGAGCUUAUUUAGUUUAGGGUUAUGUUUAGACAACACUAGCCUGUAGCCGUGUAAACAUGCUUAUUCUAAUCCCCUC